AUGGCGACGCUUCUGGGGUCUGAGGUGUCUAGAAGUGGAAGAAAAAGAAGAAAUUGUAAUAGCAACAUAGUCACAAAGUUAACGUCUAGUAAAAUAACCGGCAAAGGAUUCAGCCGAGGAACACAGCUCCCAGGAGGCCUGCUUCAGGAGAGAGAUAAACCUGCCAAGUGGCAUGGCAUCCCUGAUUUGCUUCAGAAGCUCCAUGAGAGCAGCCACCCCAACAGUGACCUCUCCCAUGCCCAUGGCUUUCUCAAGAGCUUAUCAUCCCAGCUCUCGAUGGAGGCCAUGUCUUUCGUCACAGAGGACAGGAAGACGGCUCAGGAAUCCACCUUCCCCAACACGUACACCUUUGACCUGUUCGGUGGAGUCGAUCUGCUUGUGGAAAUUUUAAUGAGACCCACACUAACUAUGCAGAAGAAGAAACCCAAAAUGAAUGAUGAGCUGGUCAAAGACUGCCUUAGUGUGCUGUACAACUGUUGUAUAUGUACAGAGGGGGUGACUAAGAGCCUGGCAGCGAGGGACGAUUUUGUCCUGUUUCUCUUCACUUUGAUGACAAACAAGAAGACCUUCCUGCAGACGGCGACCCUGAUUGAAGAUAUUCUUGGCGUAAAAAAGGAGAUGAUCCAGUUGGACGGGAUCCCCAACCUCUCAGGCCUGGUCCAAAGCUUUGACCAGCAACAGCUGGCCAACUUCUGCCGCAUCCUGUCUGUCACCAUCUCAGAACCAGAUGUAGGAAAUGACGACAAGCACACUUUACUGGCCAAAAACGCCCAACAGAAGCGCAAUGCAAGCCCGUCUCGAGCUGAAGUCAACCAGGUUACUCUUCUGAACAUCCCCGGCUUCAUCGAGCGGUUGUGCAAGUUGGCCACUAGAAAGGUGUCUGAAGCCACGGGAGCAAACUUCCUGCAGGAGCUGGAGGACUGGUACACAUGGCUGGACAAUGCUCUGGUGCUUGAUGCCCUCAUGCAAAUGGCCACCGAGGAGGCCGAGCAAAGUAGCACAGAGUCGUCAGAUGAGAGUUCACUGGCCACCAGCCCUCUGAGACACAGGCUGCCUCAGUCCAUGAAGACUGUCCAUGAGAUCAUGUACAAGGUGGAAGUGCUGUACGUGCUCUGCGUGCUCCUGAUGGGCCGACAGAGGAACCAGGUUCAUAAGAUGCUGGCUGAGUUCCGUCUCAUCCCGGGACUCAACAACCUGUUCGACAAGCUCAUCUGGAGAAAAUACACGGCUUCAAAUCACGUAGUGCACGGCCAGAAUGAGAACUGCGACUGCAGUCCGGAAAUAUCCUUUAAAAUACAGUUCCUGCGGCUACUUCAGAGUUUCAGUGACCAUCACGAGAACAAGUACCUCCUCCUCAACAACCAGGAGCUGAAUGAACUUAGUGCCAUAUCCAUGAAGGCCAACAUCCCAGAGGUGGAGGCUCUGGUCAACACAGACAGAAGCUUAGUUUGCGACGGAAAGAAGGGCCUCCUUACCCGUCUCCUCACCGUCAUGAAGAGGGAACCUCCCGACUCAUCAUUCAGGUUCUGGCAGGCGAGGGCGGUGGAAAGUUUUCUCAGAGGAGCGACCUCUUAUGCAGACCAAAUGUUCCUCCUAAAGAGGGGGCUGUUAGAGCACAUCCUGUUCUGCAUCAUAGAGAGCGGCUGUACGUCUCGAGAUGUCCUCCAGAGCUACUUUGAUCUGCUGGGGGAGCUCAUGAAGUUCAACAUCGACGCCUUUAAGAGGUUCAACAAAUACGUCAACACGCCAGAGAAGUUUCAGGCCUUCCUGACUCAGAUCAACAGCUCUUUAGUGGACUCCAACAUGCUGGUGCGCUGCAUCGUCCUUUCUCUGGACCGCUUUGAGAGCCAGACCGAAGAUGUCAAAGUGAUGGAGGUCCUGUCCGAGUGCUGCCUGUUGUCCUACGUGGCCAGAGUUGAAAACAGACUGUCCUUCCUCUUCCGACUAAUAAAUAUUAUCAACGUGCAAACACUUACCCAGGAGAAUGUGAGCUGUUUAAAUACCAGUUUGGUGAUCUUGAUGCUGGCCAGAAGAAAAGCCAAGCUGCCCUUCUAUCUGAACGCCCUGCGGGAGAAGGAGUACACUGAGAAAUACCCCGGCUGCCUGCUUAACAACUUUCACAACCUGCUGCGCUUCUGGCAACGCCACUACCUCAACAAGGACAAAGACAGCACCUGUCUGGAGAACAGCUCCUGUAUCCCGUUCAGCUACUGGAAGGAGACGGUGUCGGUUCUCCUGGGCUCAGACAGAACUUCUCACUGCACCAUAGUGAGUUACAUUGACGAGCCCUUCAUGGAUCUGGACAGGGACUUGCUGGAAGAUUGACGUCCAGCGCGAGGCGUCGGCGCGCUGGGAGGCAGAGGGAGCCUGGACCGUCUGAAGACUCCUCUGAGCGGCUCCUUCCACGCCUUUCUGUGACUGCGGUCAGGACUCAAAGACUCAGCCGUCUGCUGUCCGUACCUUCGCAUGGAAGCCGUCAUCACAGUCGGGAGCAGAAAUGGAGUUUGGCUGGCUGCCCUCUUCUCACACAGUUUAAAAUGCUUUUUGUUGUUUGUUUUUUUUUUUGAAAGGAACUAAAACCCGUAGGCCCUUCCCACAUGGUCUGGCAGAAAAAAAAAAAGAGAGACUUUGGAGAAACGACACCUGCUUUGGUUGUUUGCUUUAUGUGAAAUUCAGAUAGAGCUUUUUAUAUAGCCUAUACAGAAUUCUAUUGAGAUGUAUGAAUGAACAAAUUAUAUGUGGAAAAACAAACAAAAAAAUCCCGUCUCUUCACACAGGCUUGAUUUUUGAAACUCGGCAGAUUGAAGCCACGUGUGGAGGACGGCGGCGUGUCGGCAGCCUCGCCCUCGCACUACUUUUAUGAACUCUGAACUCAAACCACGCCACUGCCUCGCCUGAGAGCGACGGAUGCUAAGGGUUGAGCGUUUGCAGGGGGCCUGUUCUGUUUACCUGUUCUGUGGGCCCGCUCUGUUGGCCGGUGCUGUCCGGCUCUGCUCGGCCCGUUUCUAAUGGACCUGGUCCUUAUAUCUUGGAGGCUUCCUCUAGCGUAAGAAAGUUCAUUCUGUUGCGACAUCCAGAAGCUUCACCCAGGGACUCAUGUUUUAUUUUAUGUUCCAGGUUAUUUUCUGUUUUUCUCCGAUGAAUUGCUUUUAGCGCUGGAUAAACUGUAGAAUAAAAUGUUGCACAGGA